AUGACUAAUGCUUCCUUAAGGAAACAAGGAACUAUAUUUGGAGCUAGUUUCCAUGAACAUCGCCCUACUUUGGCUCAUUCUGUACGCGUGACAUUGGCCACUAGUAUGCUGAGUCUUCUUAUGGCAUCAGUUCAAUUAUAUGGUAUGGUUGGUGUUUAUGAAAUGUUGGGUAAAGAUCAGCCAAACCCAUGGUUAUGGUGGGGUUAUCAGUUCUCUGUACGUGUGAUUGAGAUAUCUUCAUGUUUUUUGAUAUUUUGGGCAUCCAUACAGCCACUGAGGUAUACUAGCGAAAAAGAAGCUCAAAAUCAAUCCGGCUUAACAUUGUUCCCAUGUCGUGGUACUGUUUCCCGGAGUGAUCCACCAUCAGAUGACAUUUAUCCAGCCAUCUGCAGUGCCAAUCAAGCUGUACACAAUUACACGUUACGUACGGGUAAACACAUAUAUGAUGACACAUACUCAAUGGGUGGUCCGCCAUUGGCUAACCAUCAGUUAUUUGCGCACACUACUGAAAGGAGAUCAUUAAAACGAAUGGAUGAUGACUCUAGAAGUAUGUAUGCAUAUGCCGAGAGAGCAGCCAUACAGCCUUCACCGUCCAUGUUAGUUGCUGAAAAUGGAUUUGUUAGGUUUAGAUCACUAGCUGAUGAACGUAACUCAGAAGAUCAGAUGUAUCCGAUCAAAAUUCAUCAUCACAGGGAUAACUGUUGUACUUAA